AUGACUCCGCCACCGGAGGAUCGGAACGCCGGCGACUCGGCAAGGGCGUUACCUACUCCGUUUCUAACGAAAACUUACCAGCUUGUGGAUGACCACACAAGUGAUGAUGUUAUCUCCUGGAAUGAAGAUGGAUCUACUUUUAUCGUACGGAAUCCUACGGAAUUUGCAAGAGAUUUGCUCCCUAAAUAUUUCAAGCACAACAAUUUCUCGAGUUUUGUCCGUCAACUCAAUACUUACGGAUUUAGGAAGGUUGUCCCUGAUCGGUGGGAAUUUUCAAACGAAUGCUUCCGGCGAGGCGAGAAAAUGCUUUUAUGCGAUAUACAGCGUCGGAAAAUAGCAACGCCGUCUUCUGCGGUGGCUGCAACAUCGCCAGCUGCGGUUACGGUGGCGGCUGCACAUCCGACACCAGCUGCAACUCAGCAGCUGACAGUGUCUCCUUCCGACUCAGGGGAAGAGCAGGUUCUGUCAUCCCCCAACUCGGCCGGGGCUGUACACGAGUUUAGCGGAAGCACAUCUGAGCUGAUUGGAGAGAACGAGCGGCUGAGGAAAGAGAACAUGCAGCUCAACAAAGAGCUGAGCAACGUGAAGAGCCUGUGCAAUAAAAUUUACCAUCUUAUGUCAAAUUUCGCUAAUUGCAGCAGCAGCAAUGACCAGGCAGUAAAGUCGCUGGAUUUGCUACCUAUGACAAGUUUUUGUGAAGAAAUGGAAGGCGUAGUCACCGCCUCCGCCGCGACUGACGGCGGCAAAGAAAACGAUUUAAGAUCUGAGGAGGAGAGAUUAAGCGCGAGACUGCUCGGUAUGCCGAUAGGCGUCAAACGUGGCAGGGAAUGCGAAGGUACUUCGGCGGACCAUGAUAUGGAUUUGCAGCUGCAGCUGCAGCUGCAGCAGCCCGGCACUGAUGUGAAAUCUGAGCCGUCUGAUCAAAAUAGCGGUGAUGAUCGAGAGACAACCUGGAUUCGGCGGUGCAACUCGCGAAAUCAAGGAGAUUAG